AUGGGUUGCGGAAUGAGUACGGAGGAUAAGGAGGGGAAGGCGCGCAAUGAGGAGAUCGAGAACCAGCUCAAACGCGACAAGAUGAUGCAGCGCAAUGAAAUAAAAAUGUUGCUGUUGGGUGCUGGAGAGUCGGGUAAAUCCACGAUCUUGAAGCAAAUGAAGCUCAUCAACGAAGGCAGCUAUUCCCGCGAUGAACGGGAAUCAUUCAAGGAGAUCAUUUACAGCAACACUGUCCAGUCGAUGCGUGUCAUCCUGGAAGCCAUGGAAUCCCUCGAAUUGCCCCUCGAAGACCCACGUGCCGAGUACCACGUUCAAACAAUUUUUAUGCAACCAGCUCAGAUCGAGGGUGACAGCCUUCCCCCCGAAGUUGGAAGCGCCAUUCAGGCUCUUUGGCGGGAUGCCGGCAUUCAGGAGUGUUUCCGCCGCUCUCGCGAAUACCAACUCAACGACUCAGCUCAAUACUACUUUGAUGCCAUCGAACGCAUUGCCCAACCCGACUAUCUCCCGAGCGACCAGGAUGUCCUCCGUUCGCGUGUCAAGACCACCGGUAUCACCGAAACGACAUUCAUCAUUGGUGACCUUACCUACCGUAUGUUCGAUGUUGGUGGACAACGGUCGGAACGUAAGAAGUGGAUUCACUGCUUUGAAAAUGUCACCACCAUACUUUUCCUAGUCGCUAUCUCCGAGUACGAUCAGCUUCUUUUCGAGGACGAGACUGUCAACCGUAUGCAGGAGGCCUUGACGCUGUUCGACUCGAUUUGCAACUCGCGGUGGUUCGUCAAGACAUCGAUCAUUCUUUUCCUUAACAAAAUCGAUCGCUUCAAGGAGAAGCUUCCUGUCAGCCCGAUGAAGAAUUAUUUCCCUGACUAUGAAGGCGGCGCCGACUAUGCGGCUGCUUGCGAUUACAUUCUGAACCGCUUCGUGUCGCUCAACCAAGCUGAGCAGAAACAAAUCUACACACAUUUCACAUGCGCUACCGACACAACCCAGAUCCGAUUUGUUAUGGCAGCAGUCAAUGAUAUCAUCAUCCAAGAGAACCUCCGGUUGUGCGGUCUGAUCUAA